AUGUUGGACGGUGACGUCAGUGACCACGGCAGGCUUCAGAACAUCGACCAGCUGUACCGGUUCAUACUAUCUUCUCGCCAGUGCCUGCAUUGGGAAAAGGCGACGGAGGUGCUGCAUAACAUUGUAUGCCUUGCGGACCCGCUUUCCGCGUACGACCUUAACGUCCUCUUUGAAGCUAACUGGCAGCCGUAUCUCAUCCCUCUGGCUGCGGUGCUCUCGGUGCCGUCUACCACCUCGAAAGCGGCCGUUCAGACGUACCACGCUUCGCUACACGACUUCCUCGCGAGCCCGGAGAGCGCGGGGGAGCUCUACGUCGAACCGCACGUUGUGCACCGCCGGCUAUUCGUUGCCUGCUCUCAAAUGAUGGCGCGCAAGCUGAAGAGGGAUAUAUGCGACCUGCGUGACCACUCGAGAGCGCAAGACGAUGUUCCUGGUUUUCGGCAGAAGCGCGAUGCGGUGAUCACGCCAGCGCUGCGGUAUGCCUGUCUGUAUUGGGUCCACCAUCUCCAGCGCACGCGGCCAGACGGGGGAGUACAAGGUCUUCUCACCGACUUUCUGCAGACGCGGCUGCUGUAUUGGAUCGAGGUGUUUGCGUUGGCGGGUGAGCUGCAGCUGGCCGUGCAGUGUCUUGUAGCUGCCAGCACGGUUAUCCUCGUAAGCCCAACCAUUUCCCACCGAGAGCUCACGAUAACAAACGCACUAUUCAAUCGAACGCAGGACUGGAAAUUCUACAUGCAGCGCGAGAUAUCCGUGAUGCUGCUCCGCGACGCGCAGCGGCUCAUCCGCGAGUUCUCGCCCGCUAUCGCGUUUUCCGUGCUCCACGUAUAUGCGACUGCGCUCCCGCUCAGCCCGGCCAAAUCGCAGCUUCGGCAGGUGUACAGCGAUGCGCUUGCUGAUGCUGCACCUAUUCGCGUUGAGGAAGGUCUUGAUGACGGAUGGGACUGUGUCACGCUGAGGAUCGAUAACGGGGCACCGGUUAAUGCUAUUGCGCUUUCUGCCGAUGGGGCAAGGGUCGCUGCGACUUCUAGGCGGGGUGUCGAUGUUUAUGACUCUGGAACGGGGACACUUGUUGCUUCGCGCGAUUGGGACGGGGAGAUGUGGUGUGUCCGGUACUCGUAUCAGAACCACCUCCUUGCGGUGUUGGAUACCCAGGGCGAGUGGCACAUCUGGGAUCUCCUCAUGCCCAACUCCUUCUCCCGGCUCGAGGGCCGGCCAGAUGAAGAGGACAAUAUCCUCGACAGCCUGGCGUCCGACAAAACGUCUGACAAUGCACCCGUCGCCCCCGAUGACGCUUCUGCAUUUUCGCGCGACGGUACGUCGGUCGCCUGCGCGUACGCGGCCGAGGGAAACAGCUCAAGCACCGCCGUAUACAUCUGGGCCACCGAACAGCCUCUAUAUCCGACAUUGCGCAUCGCGCAGGCUGGCACGGGUCGCGUGCAGGCGCUGCAGUUCGCGCAUGCGGGAGACCGGAUCAUGAGCGCGACGCGCGGCGGGGUGUACCUGUUCGAUGCGCGCUCCGGGGAGCUGCUCUGGCACGACAGUGUGCCGCAGGGCGUGCGCUGGUCCGGGGCGCUGUGGCACGCGUUUGCGCCGAGCGACGAUUUUACGGUGCAUGUGGAUCCGGAAGAGAUGAGGUUGUUUUAUGGCAGGCUUAAGGGCCCGUUUUCGGGCAGGAAGCUCGGUGUGCAUUCCUUGGGUGGUGAACGACAGCAGAAGGAGAAGCAGGAAUCUUUAUUGUCGCGCAAGAAGCUUCUUGGCUGGGUGAAGCGCGGGAAUGAUCUGAAGCCGGCUGCAAGCGAUGGAACUCCCUUUGACGUGCGGCCGAUAUUCGUUGGCAGUGCGCUCGCGGCCGUACGCGCGGGCAGCACGGUGUACACGCGCUACCGCCAAAGAAGUGCAGUCGACCCGUCGUGGAGAGUGGCAGCGCAGCUCGCUGCGAGUGGGGGCACGGCAAUCGAGAUACUUGACCUGUCUCUGGCAGGGAGCGCACCUGCAGAGGACAACUCGACACUUGUGUCCAUGCUUCCGACGCAGGCGCUGUCGCCGUUCGUCGCACUCUUCAAGGCGGACUACGCGCGCAAUGCGGGGGAGAUACAUUUACAUACAUCCUCCCGCUCUCCUACUGUGCUCGCGGUCCCGGUCACGAACACCACAGGCUUGGGUGUGUCUCCCGACAUGUCCGUCUACUCCUUCAUACAGGACAACAGGAUUCACCUCCACAGCGUUGCCACCGGCAGGCGGCUCUGCCGCAUCGCACCCGCGCCGGAGCGCAAGGAUCUACGUUCGCUAGACGACUACCACCACGUAUUCUCUCCUCGGUCGACCUACCUCGCCACGGCUGUCGACAGCCAGCUCAAACUCUGGCGCACGACGAGCGGAGCACUCAUCGAUGCGGUGACGGUGCCAGCGCUCCAGAGUGAUACCAUCACAUUCUCGAGCGACGAGAACAGGGUAGCCUGGAUCCGGGCCACGCAUAGCGGUCCAGACGUCGACGUCUUCGAAGUUGCCGGGAGCCCGCAGCGGCUCCGGCGGCUCGCCUCGUUCAACUACGGGCGCUGGGAGCCGAGCAGACCCGUCGUCGCUGCGUGUCGACUGGCGUUCUCGUCUGGUGUGAGUGGGAGUGAUGACAGCAGCAUCAGGUGUCUGCUGCAUGAUGGCGCCUCUGUGGCCGUGUACGAGUGGUGCGAUGGGAUGCCGGGACCUGUGCGCAUCGCGUAUGGGGAUCUGCCAGAGCCGGAACUUGAGCACCGGGGCCAGGUGGUGGUCCGUGCGUCUCCGAACCUCGAGCGCGUGUGCUACACGACCACAGCCGCUUCGCGACGCUCGUACGUACUCAAUCUUGACACCGCGUCAGUUAUCCCCGAGGAACUUGGAGACGAGGGAGACAGAUGUGCCGCCGUCAAGCGCUACGAGGCGGAUCCAGAGCACGACCCCGCCGUCCUGCCUGACGUGCGCAGUUGGUCGGACAUUGGCAUCAGUGCAGACGGCUGGCUGUGCAAAGGAAGCCGCAAGCUCUGCUGGCUGCCUCUGCGGUACAGGCCUAAGCUCUCUCCCCCCUCCGACGGCGGUGCUACCUCCGAGUCGGUGGAAUUCCAAGUAGUAGGGAACAGAGUCGUUGUUCUCGCAGAAAGCAGGCCGCUCGUUCUACGGAGUGUAGAAGACGUGCGAUAUUUUCAGGAGAUCAUGGCGAGCGCUGAUGAUAGUACAGGCGGAGUGUACCAGGCGCCAUUGCGGAGGGAGACCACUCGUUUUAGUAUACUUAGUGGACGGUCGAUGUCGCAUCGGCGGUUUCGUAGCGCGCAUGAUUGAUAACAGGUAUUCUAGUGCUUUGGAUGGGGACUAUGGCAUACAUAUUAGCGUUCGGGGACCGGAAGGCAAGACACAAGAUGCCACCACAGAGGUUUGACACAGAAUAUAUGUGUAGUAUACUCGUUGCAUAAAUCUCUCGCCACCUAAACCGCGAUACCUUCAUGCUGCUCACGAUCAACUAGUUCUAUAUCUCC